AUGGGUCUCGUCGACGGAUCAGUCAACUACGAGCCAAUAGAGGGCUUCCAAGUCCCCGAUGUCUCCGCCCGGACGUACCAGUACUCUCCUGAUGGACGUUUCUAUGCGUAUGCGCUCCCUACCUGCGUUCGGAUAUUUCAAGCCGAGGGCGCUGCCCUGCUUCGAGAACUUCCUCUCCCAAAUAUUGUCGAGUUCAAUUUCUCGCCACGAGGGACCUACAUCUCCACCUGGGAACGGCUCGCAAAACUCGAGGACGGGGCGCAACAUAAGAACCUCCGGGUCUUCUCGGUCUCGACUGGCGACGAGCUCAUUUCCUUCACCCAAAAGUCGCAAGAGAGUUGGGACCUGCAGUACACCAUCACCGAGUCGCACGCAAUCCGUCUCGUAAAUCAGGAGGUCCAGGUGUUCAGACCCGCAGAGUGGGGGAAAGGCGUGGUCGACAAGCUGAAGGUUGAACGUGCGAACAGCGUGGUGCUUAGCCCAGGCUUGAACCCAUCCAUUGCCGUGUUCAUCCCGGAGAAGAGUGGCCAGCCGGCGAGCGUGAAGAUUUUCUCGCUGUUGAACCUCGCUGCCCCUCCGACUUGCCAAAAGACGUUCUUCAAGGCGGAGAAGUCUCAGAUCAAAUGGAACACUCUCGGCACUCAGGUUCUCGUGCUCACGCACACGGAUGUCGAUAACACGAAUAAAAGUUACUAUGGGCAGACGGGUCUGUAUCUGCUCACUGCGGCGGGUACCUUCGACUGCCGGGUGCAGCUCGACAAGGAGGGUCCCAUUCACGAUUUCGCGUGGAGCCCGAACUCGAAAGAGUUUGGUGUCGUUUAUGGCUUCAUGCCCGCCAAGGCUAUGUUGUUCGACCAGCGCGUUCGCACGUUGCACGACUUCGGCUCCUCGUUCUACAACUUCAUCGCCUUCAACCCGCAGGCGCGCCUCAUCGCUCUUGCCGGUUUCGGUAACCUCGCAGGCAAAGCCGACAUCUUCGAUCGUCGCUCCCUCACCAAACUCACCACCAUCGACGCCUCCAACACCUCUCACUGCGAGUGGUCUCCCGACGGCAAGUUCCUCCUUACCGCCACUCUCAGUCCCCGUCUUCGUGUCGAUAACGGCAUCAAGAUCUGGUACGUGCUCGGCCAGCUCAUCCACGUGCAAAUGUGCGACGAGCUGUAUCAGGCGAGCUGGAGACCUAUUCCUGUCGAUCUGGCGCCUCAAUUCCCUCAGUCUCUGCCACCACCACCUGCUGCUAGUGCGAAUGCGCAGGCUCACCUUGCCGUCGUGAAGCCCGCACCGACGAAGCCUGCGGGUGCGUAUAGACCCCCGGGAGCCCGUGGUUUGGGACCAUCCUCCGCUUACAAGCGUGAUGAGGAAGGAGGAUCGCCUGCUAGGACGCCGAACGGGAGUGGAGCGGCCACGCCGACUGGUAGAGGUCAUGGAUCUCCUGGCCCGGGCCGGGGUGGGUAUCAGAACGGAAGGAGGCAGGUUCCAGGAGCUCCUCCUCCUUCCCAUUCUCCCUCGCCUGGUCCCGGUGGUCCAGGCGCUGACAAGAAGGCGAGGAAGAGGAAGGGGCCGAAGGAGGGUGGUCAGCAGCAGAAUGGGAAUGCGAGUGCGAAUGGGAAUGGGAAUAGCGUGCCGCCUGUCGAGGCCGUUGUGCUACCUCCAGGGCCGUCGAUGGCGAUUGAUGUUAGCGGAGGAGGGUUUGAUGGUGUUGACGGCUCGGUUCCUCCUACUCCGGGAGUCGACGGUCUUGAUCCUAUCGCAAAGAAACUCAAGGCUAUUGAUGAGCUGAAGGAGAAGGCGAAGAAGGGAGAACGACUUGAGGCGACGCAGCUCAAGAAAAUCGAGAGCGAGGCGGAGAUCAAGAAGGAGCUUGGGACGCUCGUUCCUUCAUAA